AUUAAGCUCAUGAAUUGCGCGGUUUUUGUCCAAUAUGUAAAAAUUUGCGCCUGAAGUCGGCCGAUAUAAGCCUCGCCACAGGGGGUACUUUAAAGCUAUUUUGAGCUGAGGUGCUUGCCAUAAAGAACUGUUAUUCAUCCAGAGAAAAUACUAUAGAAAUUACGGCGCCAUAGAGAGUUAAAAGGAGGCCAGAGGAAAGAAAUUAAGAUGGCGCGUGGCACAGUUUUGAAACCGUGGUAUCAGUCGAAAACAUUAACGAUUUUGGUAGUGCUUUGGGCGCUUUUCACCGCUUGUCUUGGAAUUAUGAUUGUAGUAAUCUUUGUACAGCCUCACUGGAUCAGCGGAAAAAUCAGUCCCAAUGAUAAGAGCGUGAAUUUUGGCUUGUACCGUAACUGCAGCGACAACCUCAAUGAAUGCACCGGCAGCUUAAACGAUUUCGCAAAAAUUUACUCAACAGCUUGGCAAGCGUGCACGGUUUUUGUCGCGUUGGCUUUUACCUCCACGUUUAUCUCAGUGGCAAUGAUGUUGUUGUACUGGUUAUGUUGCUUCGAGUCUUCGCGCAUCGGUUUUCGCACAAGCAGUGGAUUACAAGCCUCAGCGGGUAUGUUUUGUUUUAUCCAUUGCUUAUUUCAAGGGUCAUGGCUUUUUGACGUCUAGAGCACAGAGUUACGGGUAUUUUUCGUCAGUCUUAAAGGUCUUAAUAUUUGGUGUUCCACACAGAUUUCCCUCACUGUGAAAGAGACUCUUUAAUGACACCUCUCACCCAACCAUUAUUCUCAAUAAUUUCUUUAACGUUGCAACUUUCGGUAUCAAAACAGAUUUCUUUAAUAAUUAAAUGUAGAGAAUGUGAUUUACGCAGGGCAGCCCGACAAACAGCGAAAAACUCUUGUUGAUUGGGAUCCUCUGAGCUUUAGUAACCCUCAAUCGAACUUAAAUCUGUCGCAUUCCUGUUCAGUUUUAUUAUUCAUGUCACAUUGUCCUCACCCUCUUGGAAGUAUAUAAGUCUUCCUGUCAUCUUGAAAAGACAUCUUAAGUCUAUUAUUUUUUUUAAUGAAAAUGACGAACAGUCCCAGUAGAAAUAACUUGUAUUUUGUCAUCUAUACGAAGAUCUGCACGGUCUGGAAUUGAUAAAAUUCAUCAGACACAAGCAGGUUGUUUCAACCUUUUCCAUUCCUUCCAUUAUUUGUACUAAAUCUCUUCCCCUCUUUAAGUAUUUGAGGUCGAAAUGUAUUAAUUAAGGGGCCUCAUAUAUAUUCAAAUCAGCUGACUCUAUCGCAAAGAAUUCUGUAAAGAAAUAGAAUCAAGCCGUAUCGGCAAAAUUGUUCGAUUUGCAAGCUGGAAAAAAGCAAGUUAGAGAAGAUAAACUAUAUCAAAUAUAUUUAUUUUUUUAAAAGUGUUUUCUAACUCUGAAAUUAUGUAGGGAAGGAGUAAGAAAAUUAUUCAAUUUGAAAAUUAAUGACCAAUUUAGCGCUUAUCUAGAUGAUCAAAGCGAAAGGGAGCAAUAUAGAUCAGAUACUUCUUUCCUUUGGCAAUUUAUUUCUUGUAAUAUUCUCUCUCUUUUUGAGGUAUAGAUAUACACGCUUGGAAUAUGGAAAGGAAGUGUUGGUAAAUAGCAAAAUAUAAAGGCAUCGGUUAAGACCCUGAGCGUUUUCAAAUCCCUCAAGUGAUUAAGUUGUGGUUAUAUUGGUCACGUUCUCACGAGUGGUGUAUACUGGAGUAUUGGACCUUUUAGCUGAUCGUUCACGAAUUAUUAUUUCAUUUUACAAGUUAUCUAAGAUUAUCUUUUGAUCAUUACGAUACUAGGAGAUUCAUUUGAAAGUUGAAAUAUUCACCUCUUACUUUGGAUCAGAUAAAGCUGCUGUUUUUGCCAAAUUUUAUGCGAAAAGUAAGAUCUGAUAUUUGCUCUGUUUAAGUUACCUGCACACAGAAACUCGAAACUGUCUACUGACGAAAUAUCGUAACCGGUGUCUGUUCACGUAAAGUCUAGAAGCCGUGGGAACAUUUUUAUACGAGUCAUGGCUGAAAGAUUUUCCUUUUGAUGCUAAUAAUCUGUUAAUUACCAUUACUUAAGUGUACCUCUGAUAGAAAGUGUGCUGACAUCCAAGAUUUUUUUAUUUCUUUUUGGAGGCACCCUCUUAAGGACCCAUCCAUCUGAAUAUUCUCAGUUCACGCGCAAGGAAAUUUGAUUUAAGUAAAACAGCCGUGGUUAAAUAUGAGUGGCCAUUUUUUAACGCAUAGAUUGUUAUGACUUUAGGGCACCUGUAAACCAGGUGUAUGCGAUCUACGUCACUUGCUCUUUUCAUAACAAAUAUCUUAAAUGGCCACUCACGCUUGGGAACUGUAAAACGAAUUCUUUCUCACAUAACGAGGAAAUGCUGAUAGAGCUAUUUACCCAACACUUUGAGGCCACUACUCAUUUAAGUAAUAAAAAAUCCUGAAACCAUUGAACAUCAUAUUUUAGUCAUCCUUCAGAAAAUGCAUCGCCGAAUAUGAAUUGCUCAAACGUAAUGUUACGAACGAAAACAAACAUUGCGAUCAAAUGAACACGCAUCAGGAACAGGAGGUCAUAUUGCUUAACAUCGCUCGGUAAAGUGCAGUUUUAAAGACAAGUAAGGCACUGGAACAAAUGAAAAUGUCAAUGAAUAAAUUAACAAAUCCACGUGUGAACCUCACAAUGCUGUACAUACUUCUUCCCCUGUCAUAAUAUCAAAAGCCAUUGUGCAGAAGAUCGACUCCAAGGCAAAAAAUUUAUACAUGAAUGCAUGAUUGCAAACCACAUAGGGCUCUCUCUUUCUGGGCUUCGAGAAUAGGUUAGUAUUUUCAGGCUGACCUCCUUAUAGGGGGGUUAUUUAGAGAGGGGUGCGUAACAGAGAGAGGUGAGCUUACUACAGCGCUUAGAGGACUAUAUUUCAUUUCUUUAAUUAUUUUUUUGUUUUUUUCAAGGCUUCUGUAUGUUACUCACUUGUCUAAUACAUCCCGUUGGAUGGGAUAGUGCCGAAGUUCGGGCGGUCUGCGGCCCUGACGCUGGUGUGUACAAAAUUGGGGACUGCAAAGUAAACUGGGCCUACUGGAUAGCUGUUAUCUGUAUGGCGGAUGCAUUUGUGCUUAGCUACCUUUCCCUCAUGUUCAUCGAGCGGGAGAUUAGAACCCCGAACGUGACAGAUAGGAAACGAUCAAAUGGAACAAGUGCAGAUGACUACUCCCACGACAGGAGAAUGGCAUCUCAUGGGUAUUAUAAUCAGGACACGACAACGCUGUAACAUGGGAAAAUGCGAUAAGCACAGCCUAAAUAACGAAAAAAAUUGGUGUCGUAGUUUUUUUUUGGUCAAUUAGUGUGAGUAGUGUUUGACGCAGAGCAAAAAGUUUUGUUGAAGAGCAGACUGAGAUGUAAAGUGAAUAAUGAGUUAGAAAAUUUAAAUUUUUAAACUGAUAACUCAUUCUUAUCUUUAGUUUACGCUAAUAUUCAAGUAAUAUAUACCUAGGUUUGUUACAUUAUUACGUCAUGGACUCGCUUGAGUUGCAUCAUUGGCGAGCUCUGGAGAUGAAAAAUACGGCAACCUACAUAUUACGGCAACGUGCUUGCUCACUGUCUUUUCAAAAGCAUAUGAUACGCACCAACUUUGCUGUAACAUUUGCGUUAUAGUUGCAAUUUUGAGUUAAAGUUAACAGGUCAAACUUAGUCAAUUUACAAAUAUUAAGCAAACGUAUAAUUUUAUGAGGUUUAUUAAUCCUUUUAUUUUUUGUGUAAAGGCUAUAAGAUGUGGCCAGAUCGUGUCGAUAAAGCUCACAUUAUUGAGUCGCAUCAAGUAAAUAAAGAACCAUUUCUUUUCUUGGGCUCAUUUAUUCAUAGUCAACAUUUCAAGUUGUUUUCUAUCUUUCAGCAUCCUAAUCUUUGGAAUAA